AUGUUUGCUAGCGGCUGUUCUCCAAAUAUUCACUCAUUUACCUGUUUGAUUAAGGGAAUUUCAUUGAGGGGCAGAUGGCAUGAAGCUCUUUACGUGUGGGAUGGUAUAAAAGAGGGAAUUUUGCCCAACGUUGUAGCAUAUAAUGCACUCCUCCAUGGUCUGUGUUUGGCUGGUAAUAUGAAUAUGGCUCUAUCUGUUUGUAAUGCGAUGGAGAGAAGUGACUGCCAUCCAAAUUCGACAACCUACAGUACCCUCAUUUAUGGCUUUGCUAAAUCUGGAGAUGUGAUUAAAGCAUCUGAGAUAUGGAAUAGGAUGAUAACUCUUGGUUGUCAUCCAAAUGUUGUGGUAUAUACAUGUAUGGUUGAUGUACUCUGCAGAAAUUUCAUGUUUGAACAAGCUUAUAGUCUUCUAGAUAACAUGGUAAUAGAAGAUUUCCCACCAAAUACCAUUACUUUUAAUAAAUUUAUUAAAGGUUUGUGUUUUAGUGGUAGAGUUGAAUGGGCAAUGGUGCUAUAUAAUCAAAUGGAAACAUUUGGCUGCUCGGGUAAUACUGCCACAUAUAAUGAGUUGUUGGAUGGCUUAUUCAAAUGUAACAACGUUACGGUAGCACUUGAGCUUGUUAGGGAGAUGGAGGAAAAUGAUAUUGAGAUUAUAGUGACGAAAAUACUCAUAACAUCUUACUAUGAUAUUGUGAGGAGGAAUACACAUGAUUUGGUUCCAAAAUCUAUUAUGCAUUAUCUGGUCAAUCAUGCUAAGAGGCAUCUUCUUGACACGUUCAUAGAGAACUUGUACCGAGAACCUUUUGAAGAUUUGUUGCAAUUGACGUAUAUUAAAGGGAUUGUCCAGAAAAUCGAUUCAGGUCUUAGAAUAAUUACCUGGAUAUUGAAAGCAAAGAACAAAGUGAGGAGUCAGCAGCAGUACUUAGCAGAAUUCAGCACCAGCAACACCAAUGCAAACCAGAAAAAUGGAUAUGAAGCAGUACAAGACAAUUCGAAGAGUUCUGUUAGGAUUCGAGGGAGAGAUUUUGGAGAUUUGGGAAGAGAAGAAGGAGGGGAGUCUAUGGCAUUAAUUUGGGGUCGAUUGGAGUACCGCCGCCAGCGGAGACAAUUUCCGGCAAGCGGUUUCGGCGGAGGCAAUGAG